CAGAGAAAGUGGUGAGAGAGCCUGGUAGAAACACAGAUAGGAUUAGGAAGGAGAUCAAACCGGAGCAGCUGGCAAUCUUUCGUUUUUUUUGGUGGAGGCACAACGAUGAUGCACGGGAGAAGAACAGCGGCCAUGGCGGUGGCCUGUCUUCUGUGCAUGGCUGUGGCUCUGCUGCUGGCCCAGGGUGUUCAGUCCAGGAAGCUCUUGUGGACGGGGCAGGAGGAGCAGGACCCCGGUAGCCUCGGCAGCAGCCAUGGCGCUGGAACAGCAGCAACUCCGGAGCCGUGCGGCGGCGGCGGCGGCGCCAGGGGAUCAGCAGGGAGCAGAGGGAGCGCAGGCACUGGCGAGGCGCGGUGUGAGACGGCGAGAUGGGCAGAGAUGCACACGGAUUACAUCUACACCCAAGACGUCAAGCACCCAUGAACUGCUACCUGGUGUCGGCUCGUCUGCAGUUUCUGAACGUCAGUUUUGUUGGGAGCCUAGCUUGGAGGCUUUUAGCGUUCAGUGCCGUACGGGUGUAUGAUUAGUCAGUAGUAAGUAGAGGAAUGUGCUAGUGAAAUAGUGCAUGUAUUUCAGUAAGCCUUUGGUCCCUAUGCCAGGCAGCGUACACAACCCACAAUAUGUAUGCCCUUGUAAUUUAACCAGCUUAUCCUUUUUCUAUAAAUUUCCCAGGAAUA